UCUCAUUACAGUCAUGUCAGUCAAAUUAACCUGAACAAUUCAAAAUGGCAGCGUUUAAGAGCAAAAAGGAAAAAAUAGAGGAAAAGCUCAAGAAGAGGUCCUUACUAAAGAAGGGUGCUUCAUCAAAAGUUACAGAUGAGCAUAUUUCUGAGAAGGUGAAGUUUGGAAAGCCGGUACUGAUUGUGUCCUACACAUCAAUUAAGGUUCUCACAGGAAUUAUAGCUGUUAUGCUGGCGGUCAACGUAGCCUACUCCCUAAGUCUGCUUUACACUGCAAUAAGACUGAGAAGCAACCUUGGCCAAUUCCUCAAUAUGGUAGCAAACGGCGAUGGAGAUAUUCUACCUUCAACGCAAGCUAUCCCCGUAUUCAUCUUUUUGGUUCUAAACGUUACCGCAACUGCUGUUACCUUGCGUUUCUUUAACCGCCCAGAAGACAAGAAAGGAAACACCAUUUUGUUUGUGCUGCUUAUAAUUUCACUCGUUAUGGUGAUAGUGACUUGGGUUGUGAUUAUCUACAUCGUGCUGCAUGCCCAUAAGACUCGAGAGCAUCUUCAUGAUGGCAUAACAUUAGCAAUGAAGAGUUAUGGUAAUGAUUCUGCCAGUAAAAAGCGGAUAGACAGAUUGCAGAUAGAACUGCAAUGCUGUGGAAGUAAGGGAUAUGACGAAUGGUACAACGUUACAUGGAUGGACAAAAGUCUGAUGAAAAAGGGUACUGUAGACAACUCUGAAGGUAACACUCCUUUCAGCUGUUGUUCGUUGGCAUCCUCGUUUCCCUGUAUCCACCAUGAUAUAGAGAAGACCGGAAAGGUAUAUUUGUACACACCAGAACAAAACCUCAGUAUAUCAACUGUUGGCUGUUUCAAUAAAUUAAGAGAACAAGAAAAGGCAGUAGGAUGGAACAUAGUCGGCAAUCUGUUCCUGUACACCAUGCUUCAGUUAGGGUUAAUUAUAUGUCUAAGGUUCCUCCAAACAGGGCACUCUAUUAAUUGGAAGUUUGUCGGUCACGGCGAGGAAUACGUCAUAUGGUUGGUAGGUCGCUACGCAAGAAAGAAAAAGAUAGAUAAGGACAAUGACCAAUCAGAAACUUCCUCGAAGGUGCCGUUAACUGAAGCAGAAGAAACUGAACUAGCUGAACCUCCUUUACCACCAAUUCCAAGUGCGGUGAAAUGACUGAUAUCAUGCUCAACAAUAUUGUAGUAUACGUAUAUUUGUUCUAAACAUGUGUCUUGGUUCCGAA